CUCGUGUUAAUGCAAAUGAGAAUCGACUUUUGCCACCAGCCCCCUAUCUGCCCUCCCCUGAAUAUUAACGGUUAGGAUAUUUCUGUGGCCGGCUCAUUCAAUUUACUGGGGCCCACCGUUACCAAGAAUUAGGGAAUAUCGACCAAAAACGUAAACUUUCACAGUCUCCAGUGACCACCCGCCAUGGCAGUGAUGCAGCAGGUCACCACAGUCUCCUCUGCGCAGAGCUCCGGAAACUGGAGCACAGGGCUGUGCGACUGCUUCACAGACAUGGAAACCUGUUGCUGUGGAACUUGGUGCUUUCCUUGCAUGCAGUGCCAGACAGUCUCUCAGUUUGGCUGGUGCUGUCUGUACCCAGUACUGGAUUCAAGCUGCAUGGUGGUGUCCUGCCUUUUCCGCCAAUCAAUGAGGGAUCGCUAUGGCAUCCAGGGCUCAUUCUGCGAUGACUGCUGCAUGCUCUGCUUCUGCUAUCCCUGCGUGUGGUGCCAAAUGUCCCGGGAGGUGAAGAGACAGGCCCAAAGGGGAGGGACCACCACUGUCAUCGCCCAGCAGGUCGUGUCAUAAAGGGCAGGACCCAGACUGCCCUGUUCCCACACAAGUGACGCCUUGUAAUGCAGAAAUCUAUAAACCCAAUGUGGAAGCCAUGCAAAUGUAAACAAGUGUCUCACUCAUAUAUUAAUCAGCUUUUUAUUAAAAUAGCAUCUUAGAAAUGUAGAUUCUUCAUUUUCAUCUGCAUAUUUUAUAUUUCUUUCUUACAUUACAUGGGCAGACUGAUCCGUUUGCUCCUAAGAGGUCAUUCCUAGUCAUAUUUUCCGUUCCUUUGUCCAUUAAAAACAUGCAACAGUCA